UGUUGCUGUGUCAAAACAACAUAACCACGUUCGUUAUUUUUCUUUGUGUUUUUAGUGUAGGUUUGAAAAUAAGGAAUGGAAUUCAAAAUAUUCACGUUAAAUUGCUGGGGUAUUCCGAUGGUGUCUGCAGAUAGGAAGGAACGGAUGGAGGCGAUUGCCACAGCAUUGGCGAACAGUACAUACGAUGUGGUCUGCUUGCAAGAGGUUUGGUCCGAUGCUGACUUUUUUUUAAUCCAGGAGAAGGUGAAGGGGACGUUGCCACAAUCUCACUACUUCUACAGUGGCGUUGUUGGGUCUGGUGUUUGCAUAUUCACUAAACAUCCAAUCAUCGAUACUCAUUUUCACAAGUGGGUGAUCAAUGGAUAUGUGCAUAAGGUCCAUCACGGCGAUUGGUUUGGUGGCAAGGGGGUGGCUCUCUGCAAGAUCAAGUUCCACGAUUACAUUGUCAAUGUUUACUCGACUCAUUUGCAUGCUGAAUACAAUAGAAAAUGCGACGAGUAUUACUCGUGUCGCAUUGUCCAAGCUUACGAGACCGCUCAAUUCAUACAGUUGACUACGCCGGGAGCGGAUUUGGUCGUUUUGGCUGGGGAUUUGAACACCGAACCUGGAGAUUUGCCUUACAGAAUUAUGACUUCGCUGCCGCAAUUGAGGGAUUCGAUGCUGGAGAAGGAGAACGUGGAGAAGUUCAGCACGAAUCUGGAUUUGAAGAACAGUUACACUCCGUCCUCUCUGAUCAAGAAGCAGCUGCCGGGAGUGAGGAUAGAUUACGUUUUGUUUAGGGCAGGUCCUAGCACUGUUGCCAUCCUCGAGGAAUAUCUGCAGCCCUUGCCAGAACUAGUACCUAACAAGAGAUUCAGUUAUUCCGAUCAUGAAGCGAUUACGUCGACUAUAAUCAUUAAAAAGAACGAGAUUGAUUUGAGCAGCAUUAGCUUGGACUGUCGCCAGGACGUGCUCAACGAUGGCAUCGAAGCCCUAACGAAAGGGAUGAUAUCUGUGAAGGGACACAAGAUCUUCUAUUGGAUAGCCACCUUGAUUCUACUCACCGCGUUGAUCCUGACCUUCUGCUUCGCUGUACCCUUGCCGGGCCUCUUCCACGUCCUCAGAGUCCUUCUGACGCUCGCGAUGUGCUACACCUUGGUGAUGGCCACUCUUUGGAACAUGAUGGAGUAUAAUUCGCUGUAUUCCACCAAACUGGCGAUGCAAGUGACGUUGAGAGGUCUCGAGUUUAAAAGCUAAGCUCAACACACAACCGGCUCAAAACACUUUUCAAUUCCAUAUAGCUCGAACGUAACGUAGCAGCAGUUGUAGUA